AAAACUGAUGACGUUUAUCACACACCAAGUUGCACAAUCAGGCGGAAAGAAGAAACAAACCUAUUUUUGGAUUGAAAAGAUUAUAAAACACCCAUUGUUGACGUGUCAAGCUCAGAUAUUAAUAUAUUUAGAAACAAGACGUAUUUCUGUAUUUUUUAGUUAUCACAUUAAAGAAAAAGAUUAUAAUUAUUAUGGAGUCUACAGACAACCUCUGCCUUGUUUGCCACGAGCACAUUGACUUUUUUGCAAUUGGCAAAUGUGAUCAUCCGAUUUGUUUCAGAUGUUCCACUAGAAUGAGGGCUUUGUGUGAGCAGUUUUAUUGUCCAAUAUGUAGGACAGAUUUACCAGAGGUUUUCUUCCUGAAAACAAGAGAAAAGUUUGGAGAGAUGCCUAUAAGAAAGUUUAUUAUGAACAGAAAAUUGAAAAUUCAGUUUGAGGACGACACUAUACGAGAAAGGUUUGAAGAGUUGCUGGAGCACCGCUGCACUAAAUGUAAGGACCGGUAUCCAGAGAAAAAUUUUAAAGCACUCAGAGAUCAUAUGAGACGUGUCCACACCUUAUUUUAUUGUGAUCUUUGUUUAGAAUUGAAGAUAUUCAGUAGUGAGCGCAAGGCAUACAAUCGGCAUGACCAUGCCAUUCACCGUCGUGUUGGUGACAAAGACGAUAAGUCAUACAAAGGUCAUCCAUUGUGUCAGUUCUGUGAAGAAAGAUAUUUAGACAAAGAUGAACUGUACAAGCAUCUUAGAAAGGAUCACUUUUAUUGUCAUUUCUGUGAAAGUCUUGGAUCUCAAGAAUUUUAUAAUGACUAUUCAUCACUGAGAGAUCAUUUUGACACUGACCAUUACCUAUGUGAGGAAGGAGAAUGUGCCAGUGCUCAGUUUACUAACGCCUUUCGUUCCGACAUUGAUCUGAAAAGUCAUCAGGCUCAAGAACAUAGUAAAGCCCAGACUAAACUUCAAGCAAGGCAAGAAAGAACCAUCAACAUUGAUAUCAAUUAUGCACCUAGACCAAAUAGUAGACCACAGAGAGGUAGAGAACCAAGAAGAGAUGAGAAUGAAGAUGGACGGAGGGGUGGUCCUCGAAAUCAGGGUAACAGAGGUGGUAGAGGGGGGAACAAAUACACCAACAACUAUACCUCACAUAGGGAGAAACAAGACAUAGAUAGAGCAAUUCAAGCUUCUCUCAGUACAAUGAAGGAUGUGGACAUGAAGAAAGAGAAACCUAAAGCUGAUUCAUCGUCAUCCUCUGAAGAUGAUUUUGCUCGCACUGAGGAACAUUUUCCUGCCCUUGGCGCUCAGGCUCCUGUGGAAAACAAUGUUUCUGCCAGUGUCAAGUCACAAGCUACUGUCUCAACAACAACAACAUCUACAUCAGUGUCUACAGCAACAUCAGACAGUAAACCGUCACUAGCUGACAGAUUUGCUAUGUCAAAUAGUAUGUCAGUUCAACAUGGUGGUUUAAAUGACUUUCCAACAUUAACAUCUCGAAGUGACAGUUCUAUUAAUAGUUUGCCUGCAAAAGGACGAGGUGCAAAAUUUACUUCCACUUUUAAAGCUAAAAAUCCUGAAGAAGAUUUUCCGGAUUUACCAUCUAGUAAUAAGUCUUCGUUUAAACCUUUACAAACAGGUUGGACUCAACCAGAGAAAAAGAUAAAUGUGAUAGACAAACCUGCAACAAAGAGACCUAAUAGCAAACAUAAAAUACCUCAAUCUUACAAUGUUAAUGACUUUCCAUCAUUAGGAGCACCUUCUAAUAAAUCAAGUAAUGAUAAAUGGUUUAAUUCCUCUUCUAAAAAGCCGUCUAAAGAAAUUAAGAAUAGUAAUAAUAAUGUUACCCAUACAGAAUUGACUAGUAAGGAAGUUAUAGAUCGUUUUAGUCCUAUUAAUGUACCAGAUUCUCCAAAGUCUGAAAGAAAUAAAAAUAAAAAGAAGAAAAAGAAGGACAAAUUAACAGUGAUUAAAAAUGAAGACGCUGGAAAUAAUGGUUCCCUAAAAGGUAAUUCUUCACUGGAUGACAUAGCUAGUCUGUUACUGAAAUCUGAAAUAAAAGAAGACUCUGGUGUUUCAGGAAAACAGGAACCAGUAGUGAAAUCAAAUCAAGAUAAUAAAGUAGAACCCAAACCUGAAAAAGGAAAAGGCAAGAAAAAAAUUGAUAAGAUAGAAAAGAAAAUGGAGUCUGAGAAAGAAGUACUUAAUAUAACAGAACUAAAAAUAUCUGAACCUGUAUACAGAGAAGCUCAACCACAACUGGUGAAAUUUGCAAUUGCUGAUGAGGAUUUUCCAAGUCUGGGGUCAAAAAGUCCGAAGAAACCACCCCCUGGAUUUAGGAAUGAGAAAAAAUCAGUUCAGUCUAAUGCUCCACCAGGUUUUGGAAAUCCAGCAAGUGCUAACAACAAACCACCGCCAGGAUUUAGUUCUCAGUCAAUGUCUGGAAGUUUAAACAAUGGGGUUUUAGAAGAGAAAGAAAUCACUAUUGGGACAAACAUGGACAAUUACCAGUAUUACCAGCCAGAAGGUUUUCAGGAAAGAAAUCAGCUGUUGAUUAGUACUAUUAGGUCAUUCUGUGAUUCAGAUUCUAUGCAAUUCACAGACUUUAAAACCCUCUCUGGUGAGUUCCGUCGCUCUGACAUCACAGCUGGUCAGUAUUACAACAGAUGCUGUGAGAUUCUUGGCAAGGAGAAUUUCUUAGAUGUCUUCCAAGAACUGCUAGCUUUGCUUCCAGAUAUUGAGAAACAACAAGAGUUACUGAAUGUGUACAUGCAGUCAGAAUGUAUGAAGAAACCAGAUAAUGUGCUAAAAAUAAGUGGGAAAAGUAGGAAUGCCAAAGGUGCUUGGACAAAGACCCAGUCAGGUUUCUUGACUUGUCAGACAUGCCGACAAGUGCUUGUGAGAAAGGACUAUAAUGGCCACAUGGUAAUUCACAAUAUAGAUUCAGACUUUCCCUCACUUGGUGGUGAGUUUGGAUCUGGUCAAAGUGUUGGUACUGGUGGAAGCUGGGUUAAGGCCAAGUAACCUUCUUAAAGUUGUUGUAGUGGAAUAGGUAAUAUAAACAUUUAAUCAGGAAUUAUGCAAAAUCAAACACUGUGAUAGUAAAUUUUUAUUUUCAACUGCAGAACAAUGUGUAUCCUGUAAUGUGAUAAAUGAGUAAAAAAAAACCCAGAAGAUGCCAGUAUUUUCAGAAUUUUUUUAUAUGUAAUAUUCAUUUUCAUAUGUUACAGGAGAUAUACAGGGCUGUACAAAUUUGUUUUGAAUCCAGUUGUCCAAGACAACUAACCUAAUAAAAUAGUGUUGUCCUAAAACUAAUUACAAGAGUCGAAGUCUUAUAAAUGUAAAACAUAAUGUUCAGUAUGCUUAUUAUGCAUAUCGAAAUUUUUUACAGUUACAGUUUGCAUUUUAUUUAGUAUACAAUAAAACAUUUUGUUGCAACUGAAAUAAUUCUAAUUGUCCAGGACUCUUCCCAUGUACCAUUCAACUUUAAUAGCCUGUGUUUGUUUUGACUCAGUUUCACAGUUUCAAUGAAAAUUUGUCUGUUUUCGUAAGAACUAUUACUAUUUCAGCUAGUAUGUUUGAUUGUUUAAUAGUAGAUAGUUUCUUUUUUAAUAUUUUAAUCCUUGGUCUGCUGUGUAUUUAAUGGCUUGUUAGCAUAGCCACUGUGAUCUGGCAUUAAUAAACAAGAUAACAGCAAUACUGUUAAUCUUACAGCUGUAGCUAAUUAACCUCUGAUAUUUAUCUAAGUACACUCGGUAUGGAAUAUGCAGUCUUUAUCAUGAUAUAAUUUUUUAUCAGUAUAUGUUUAUGUCAAGUGGUUUAACCUUGAUAAACAUAAAGCAAAACAAUAAGAAUAUUUACAGUUCACUAAUAUUUUUACAUUCUUAUGUACAUAAAUAAGACAACUUGACAAAAAUUUGUCUCUUUACUACAAAUCACAAUGAAUAUUUUCUUAUAUUGAAAGUAGAUUCAUGUUUCUUUUGUAUGAACACACAGUGAAUAAGAUUUAACUUUCAUGUCUUGUAUUCUUGUGAUAUAAAUUAUUUGACAAAAUAUAUCGUUUUCAUUAUUUCAUAUUCAGAAUCGUGCGAUUUAUAUUGGUUUCCUGAACAAUUUCCUCAUCACUUUCGCACUCUGCCCACAAUUGCUCUAAUACUUUGUUAACAUUUAUCCUAGCGUUUGCUAUUUUACUUUGUUUACUCCAGCAUUCAUGCUCCAAAAUCAACUGCGGUAUAAUUUGCAUAAAGAAUAUGAUUGGUCACUUUUACACAGCAUAGAGUAUGUCAUUAUCACAAGUUAUCUAUUUAUGAAUGAAAAAUUUAUGCAUUUGCUAACAAAAAGUAGUAAAUGUGAAUACGAGGCUGUUAAUGUGUAAACUCUUUGGAAACAGACUGUGCCCAUGAUCCGUAUUGACACAGCAGACUGUGUUCCUGUAUAGCAGGCAAGGGGUUAAUAUUGUUCUUCCACAAAUGAUAAAAAUCAGACUUUUACAGGACUUACUUUCUAUUUAUUGUCACUUGUCCUUGGUGUUUUUUAGUUGUCCAGGACGUCAGUCUAUAGGAUUUAUAGAGCCCUGAUAUCUGAGAAAAUUCAAUAUUUUAUCAUCAAGAUUUACCUAUACUCAGAUAAUCUUUUUUGUGUGGAAAAUAAAAUGAAUUUCACUAGUGUUUUAUAUAAUUUUAUAAAAAAAUAUGUGACAGAUUCUUGUGUGUUCCUGACUAGCAUUUUCAACGUUGAAAAGUUUGACAGUGAUUUGUAUACAAGUUAUGAGUGCUAAAAUUACAAUUUACUUUCAUUUUUCCACUUUAUCGUUGAUCUUAAUUGAAUGAAUGUCAAGAUUUUUUAUUCUUUUCCCCCUUUUUUUGACAUAUUUUGUCAGAAGUGUGGCCACUUCAAUUAUUUAUUAUAUUUAUUUUGUGUGAAAUGCUUUAAAGUUUCAUUUUUUUAGUGCUUUAAAAAAAACAGUGCAGCAUUUGACAGUUUUGACUCCCAAGUUACCUUAAACAUUUUUGUUUUGUUUUUUAUUGUUACUAAAAAUGUACAUAAUUUAGGGAUUCAUUUACUCCAGAGAUAAAGUUUGGGGAAAAGAUGUGUCAAAAGGAUUGUUUUCAAUUGUGAAAAUGUCUUUAUGAUUUUUAGUUCAAAUCAGGGUAAAGUUAAAAAAAAUUUUUGGUAGAAGGUCUGAAAUAUAUUUGGUAGUUACUUUUAAUUUUUUGCUGUUACUCUAUGUAAGUUUGUAUAAUACUGCUUUUAUAUGUUAGCCAGUAAAGCAUAAACCCAAUAAUAGUGCAUGUUACAUGUAACAAAUCUAAAAUAAUUGUAUAAAUCAUAAGCAAAAAUUGUGUUUUUGCAAAUGAAUUGAAAUUGUGAAUUUAAUUAAUCAAAGGAAAUAAUGUCAUGUUAUUUUGGUUAUAUAAAUGAGUGUUAGUAUUGAGGAAUUAGGGUGUUGGUUUGUGGCAGACAAGGGCAGUAACUCUUAUGAUUUUAUUUAUCAAUAGCAUCAAAAAGAGUAUAUUUUCUCAAAUUUUAAUUAUUAGACACUAUUCAUUUUUACUUAAAUCAAAUAUUAAGAUAUCUCAAGAUUUUUUCUGAUUAUGCAUUAAAACAUUGUUCCGGGAAUGCAAAAUGUAGUUAAAUGGAUAUUUUAUUUGUAUAAGCCAUCUAUUUGAUUAAUGCAAUUUAAAUUGAUAUUCCAUCACCUUAGUGCAGAAAUUACAAAAUCCUUACACAAUUUAAUAGGAGUUACCCAUUUCUGCACAGAGGUGACAAUACAUGAUCCAUUCAUGUAUUAAAUACAUCAUAAUUAUGUAGACUAAAAGCAAGAAAUUAAAUGUCCAUUUUAAAGCGUUAAGAGAAAAUAAGAGCGGAAAACAACAAACAGCAAAUUAUCAGAAACAAGUCUUGAAUUUUAUUGGCAGAAAAUUGUGGGAAGCCUAUUAACAAAACAACUUUCACAUGUAUAUAGUACUAUAUACAACAUAAUUUCAAUAGUCUGGCAUGUGUAAUAAAUGCCAAGAUGUUGUCAGUGAAACAAAUUAUAUGAGUGAAUGAAAGCUAAUAAGCAAUAAAUCAUUUUGGAGCAAAAUAUGGGCCCAAAAGAAUCUUACUUUCUACAUUGUAAAUGUGUUAUAGAUGUUAUGAUAAUGAUAAUAAAUUUUUGAUUCCUUGAGUUUGAUUAAUCAAAUGUUUUAUAUAUUGAUUUGGUUACUAUAAAAAUGGCAAUGUUUGUGUUUUGAGGACAAAUUAACAUACAUGUACAUUGUAGUUUCAGAGAAAAGAUUUUUCUAGAUCCUAAUAUUGUUGUAUUUUCAUGUUUUCCUUUGUAGAUUUGUUACAUGCUUACAUUGUUUUUUUAAAUAAAUACAACUUUCAUAUAA